UCCUCCUCCUCCUCCUCCUCUUCCUCCUCCUCUCUGUGUCUUCCUUCCGGCUCGCCGACAGAAAGUUGAGGGCGGUUCAGUUCAGCGGCCAACUGGGCUCUUUUUACACAUAAUGGACAGCCAGGGAAGGAAAGUGGUGGUGUGUGACAACGGCACCGGGUUUGUCAAGUGCGGCUAUGGAGGCUCCAACUUCCCAGAGCACAUCUUCCCUGCGCUUGUUGGGAGGCCCAUCAUUCGCUCGACAGCCAAAGUCGGAAACAUUGAGAUCAAGAAUGCCCAGAAGAUGGACCUCAUGGUGGGGGACGAGGCCAGCGAGCUGCGCUCCAUGCUGGAGGUCAACUACCCCAUGGAGAACGGCAUCGUCAGGAACUGGGAUGACAUGAAGCACCUGUGGGACUACACCUUUGGCCCAGAGAAGCUCAACAUCGACUCCCGCAACUGCAAGAUCUUGUUGACCGAGCCACCCAUGAACCCCACCAAGAACCGCGAAAAAAUCAUUGAGGUGAUGUUUGAGACCUACCAGUUUUCAGGAGUCUACAUUGCUAUUCAAGCUGUGCUGACGCUGUAUGCCCAAGGCCUUCUGACCGGUGUGGUGGUGGACUCGGGUGACGGUGUGACACACAUCUGUCCAGUGUAUGAGGGCUUCAGCCUGCCCCAUCUGACAAGACGUCUGGACAUCGCAGGCAGGGACAUCACCCGCUACCUCAUCAAGUUGUUGUUGUUGAGGGGUUAUGCCUUCAACCACUCUGCAGACUUUGAGACGGUGCGUAUGAUGAAGGAGAAGCUGUGCUACGUGGGCUACAACAUCGAGCAGGAGCAGAAGCUGGCGCUGGAGACCACCGUGCUGGUGGAAUCAUACACGCUGCCAGAUGGUCGUGUGAUUAAGGUGGGAGGAGAGCGGUUUGAGGCCCCUGAGGCUCUGUUCCAGCCCCACCUCAUCAACGUGGAGGGCGUCGGAGUGGCCGAGCUCCUCUUCAACACCAUCCACGCAGCCGAUAUAGACACCAGGUCUGAGUUCUACAAACACAUCGUGUUAUCAGGAGGAUCCACCAUGUACCCGGGCCUGCCGUCUCGCCUGGAGAGGGAACUCAAGCAGCUCUACCUGGAACGUGUGCUCAAGGGAGACGUGGACAAGCUUUCGAAAUUUAAGAUCCGGAUCGAGGAUCCUCCCAGGCGAAAGCACAUGGUGUUCCUGGGCGGAGCCGUGCUGGCCGACAUCAUGAAGGACAAGGACAACUUCUGGCUGACCCGGGAGGAGUACCAGGAGAAAGGAGUCCGCGUGCUGGAAAAACUCGGAGUCACCGUCAGAUAAAGCACUGGACGGACACACACACACACACACACACACACAGAUAUACACAAACACACACACAUACAUGACAUGCACACAUCUCCCCCUCCUCGCCCACAUCGCAGAGUAUAUAUCUAUUUAUCCCUCUUCUUCUCUCUUUCGGCUCUUGAUACUCCUCAAACAUCAGAGGGAGUCGAGCCGUCACCUCCUCCUCCUCCUCCUCUCUCCUCUCUGCCUCUCUUCUCUCCUGGCUUGGGAUUGGCUCACACUUUUCCUCGCAAGAACCAAUUCCAUCACACUGAAACCUCCACUUUACUUAAUACUACGAAUUGAAGGGUUAAUGUUGGUGUAUGUUGGAUUUUCACUGGUGCAGAAGGUUAAAAGCACGGCGGGGAAUGUUAACUCUGCUUGUUUACCUCCAAAUAGUGAGUGAGAGUUAAAUGUGGUGUUUCAGAAAGUUUCCCUCCCUUGAUUAAACCUCCGGAGGGGAUAAAUCGAUGCAAAGUUUCUGUAAAGCUUCACAAUCAGGGUCCCACCACAAACAGCCACGGGCCGCUUUCAGCAUCUGUUCCAGGUGAGCGAGAACUGAUCACAUUUUUAUGUCGGUUUUUUAUAAAUGAUAUCAUGACUUUUUCUUUUCUGGGAGAGGGAUUACUUUUUGUGCUUCUUUUUUGUUUUGUUGGAGUUCAAUUUAUAUCUUUUUUUUCUUUUGUUGCUGUGCACUACUACCAUUGUAAAUGGAGUGUAUUGUGGUAACUGAAGUUCCUCCACGUUAUUAUGAAGAAUUGAUUUAUAAAGGGACAAAUAACGCAAAGGAAAAGCCCCUGAGCUCGACAUCGGGCGUGUGACGGUACUUUGUGGGCGGUGAGACGAUGUUGGGCGGGAGCGAUACUAUUUGUUCCUCAUCAGACCGCCUCGCCUCUGCCUCCUCCCUCGGUGUAAAUCUCAAGCUGAAUGAACGGGUGCGAGCAGUUGACGACGCCAUAGCACCUCACCCGUCGUAUUCCUUCUGAUCCACCACAGCACGGAGGCAGUCGCAGGCCGGCGAUGAUUCGAAUCUGGGGCGCCGCAAAACUGGGAAAAAUUAAAACGGUAUUUUAUUCAUAUCGAAAUACUGUUGAGACCAUAUUUAAGUUCUCCAGUCCUUCACUCCCGACAGUCGUCUUAAUGAUUACUGGAGGCACUUCUAUUUGAAAAAUGUGUGUAUAUUUUUUUUUUCUUCCUCUUACCAUGAACGUCUAUCCAGUGCCAAGUGCAGUUAAUGUUAACUGGAUCUCUCAUGUUUUAAUGUCUUUCUUUUGUCACUGUUUUUAUUUUCCUGUGUUGUUCAUAGCAUAACUGCCUAACGCUGAUUUAAAUAAAGAAAAGUGAUUUAUAAGGA